AUGGCCACCGAACCAAAACCAGCCAAAGACGACGUCAAGGUCGAUCUCUUUGAAGAUGAUGAUGAGUUUGAAGAGUUUGAAAUCAGCCAAGAAUGGGAUGACAAGAAGGAAGGGAAAGAAGUGACUCAACAGUGGGAGGAUGAUUGGGAUGAUGAUGAUGUUAGUGAUGAUUUCUCCCUUCAGUUGAAAAGGGAGUUGGAGAGCAACACGGUUAAGAAUUAA